AUGAUAUUUUCAGCAUUCAAAAGUACAACCUCUUCCUUUCUUGUCCAGCAUUCAGCGCCAUAUCUAGGAUGUUCUGUAUCUGCUAUCAACAGUGUUAUCUCAUUCUCACUCCCUUUCAUUCCACUUUCCCAUCAUUCUUUCUUUCUUUAUUUCUUUCUUUCUUUCUUUCUUUCUUUUACUUUUUGUUUACCAUUCCUUCAUUUCUUUUUCUUAUGGCGUCUUUCUUUUUGCUUUCUCAAAUUCUUUUAUUUCCUAGCAUCAUUUUCGUUUUCCUUUCUAACUUUUUUUUAUUGUUCGUUCUUCCAUUUAUUCCUUUUCUCUCUUUCUUUUCUUUCCUACAUCUUUCUUUCUUUCUUUCUUUCUUUCUUUCUUUCUUUCUUUAAUUUUCGUACGCCCUUUCUUCAUUCCGUAUGUUUUCCUUGCAUCUUCCUCCCAGCCAAUCCUCCUUUUCUAGCCUGUCAGACCUUCUUUCUUUCUUUUACAAAAUUGCAUCCAAUUUCUCUUACUUUGUUAGUAUUUCCUACAUUCCAGCCUCUCUUUUUCAUCGUCUCUGGUCUUUUUUCUUUCCUCUCCAUUUCACCCUUUUCUUUCUUUCUUUCUUUCUUUCUUUCUUUCUUUCUUUCUUUCUUUCUUUCUUCUGAGUUUUUCUUCCUCACAUUCCUUUCUUCCUCUUUUUUUUUUCAUCCAUUAUUUUUCUUAUACCAAUCUUGUCACUUUUUCCUUCCGUCCUCUCUCCUCAAAUACUUCUUCAAUGAACUGAACAUUCUAUCUAUCUAUCUAUCUAUCUAUCUAUCUAUCUAUCUAUCUAUCUAUCUAUCUAUCUGUGUGUGUAUUCUGAUUGAUUUUAUCUAUCUAUCUAUCUAUCUAUCUAUCUAUCUAUCUAUCUAUCUAUCUAUCUAUCUAGAUAGAUAG